AUGUUAAAACUCAUUGCAUCCUAUAACAAGGAUGUACGAGACGUGGUGCUAGCAAAUGCACCACAAAAUGCCAAAUAUAUUGCUCCGUCAAUUCAAAAGCAAAUUUUGCAUGUCUUUGCUAAGAAAGUGCAGAAUGAAAUCCGAAAGGAGAUUGGUGAUUCAAAAUUUUGCAUAAUCAUAGAUGAAUCACGAGACGUAUCUAAAAGGGAGCAAAUGGCUAUUGUUAUAAGAUUUGUUAAUAAAGAUGGUAUUGUACAAGAGCGAUUUUUGGACUUGGUGCAUGUCAAAGAUACAAGUUCUAGAACUCUCAAAGAUGAAAUAACAACAGUUUUGUUUAAUCAUGAGUUGAAUAUUAAAGAUCUUAGAGGUCAGGGAUAUGAUGGAGCUAGCAAUAUGCGUGGGGAGUGGAAUGGUUUACAAGCUUUGUUUAUAGAUGAUUGCCCUUAUGCAUAUUAUGUGCAUUGUUCAGCCCAUCAGUUGCAAUUAUCUCUUAUUGCUGCCGCAAGAGAAGUAUCUGAGGUUCAUGAUUUCUUCAAAGAUUUAAUUUUUAUUGUGAAUGUUGUUAGUUCUUCUUCCAAGCGUCAUGAUGAGUUACAGGAUAGUCAAGUAGCUGAGUUGGAGCACCUGAUUGAAAUUGAGGAGGUUGAUACUGGAAAAGGGAUGAAUCAAAUUGGUACAUUGCAACGUCCUGGAGAUACUAGAUGGAGUUCACAUUUUAAAUCAAUUUGCAGUUUACUAAGAAUGUUCAAUGCGACACGUACAAUACUUGAGAAAAUAGCCAUUGAUCGUCGAGCCACAUAUUCACAACGAGGGGAUGCUAAUUAUGCUCUUAAAAAAUUAUUAGCAUUUGAUUUUGUAUUCAUUUUGCAUAUGAUGCAAGAACUCAUGGCGUUCACAGAUUUACUUUGUCGAGCCUUACAACGAAAAUCACAAGAUAUUUUGCAUGCUAUGGAUUUACUUGUUGAUACAAAAUCCUCAAUUCAAGAUCUCAGAGAUGAAGGUUGA